AUGUGUGAUUAUACUCAAGUACAGUAUAAGUGCAGUCACCUACGCUACGUUGUUCGAGCUUGGUGUACCAAAUAUCAGGAGACGCACAAGAGAUGUCCCGCGAAUGUUGUAGCAAUAGAAUACAGAAUCGACGAAGACUGCGGUUCGUAA